AUGGAAAAAGAAGAGUAUGAUAAAAUACUAGUAUUGAACUUCGGUUCUCAAUACUUUCACUUAAUUGUUAAACGCUUAAAUAACGUGAAAAUAUUUAGCGAGACAAGAGAUUAUGGUAUUGAACUGAAGGAAGUAGAAGAUUUAAAAGUAAAGGGAGUAAUUCUCUCAGGAGGCCCAUAUUCAGUAACUGAAAAAAAUGCUCCUCACUUGAAAAAGGAAGUUCUGGAUUAUUUUUUGAAAAAUAAAAUUCCUAUAUUUGCUAUAUGUUAUGGUAUGCAAGAAAUAGCUAUACAAAUGAAUGGAGAAGUGAAGAAAUCUAAAAAUUCAGAAUAUGGUUGUACUGACGUUAAUAUAUUAACAAGCAAGGAUUCAAAUAACGAGAAAUAUAAAAAGUACAGACUAAUCGAUGAGGAUGAUAAUAAUAAAUGUAUUUUAUUUGAUAACAUAAGAAAUGCAGAAAAAAGUACCGUAUGGAUGAAUCACACAGAUGAAGUAUCAAAAAUUCCCGAGAAUUUCUAUCUAGUAAAUUCAAGUGAUGAUUGUCUAAUAUGUGCAAUAUAUAACAAAGAAUAUAACAUAUAUGGUGUUCAAUAUCAUCCAGAAGUAUACGAAUCUGUAGAUGGGGAUCAGAUGUUUUUUAAUUUUGCAUAUAAGAUUUGUAAAUGUAUGAAAAAGUUCGAUCCAAUUAGAUAUCAUGAAAUUGAAUUUAAUAAAAUAAAAAAAUAUGCAAAUGAUCAUUAUGUAAUUGCAGCUAUGUCCGGAGGAAUUGAUAGCACAGUUGCUGCUGCUUUUACUCAUAAAAUAUUUAAAGAAAGAUUUUAUGGAAUUUUUAUAGAUAAUGGAUUAUUACGAAAAAAUGAAGGAGAGAAAGUAUACACAUUUUUAAAAAAGUUAUUCCCAGAUAUGAACAUAACAAAAAUUGAUGCUUCAGAUAACUUUUUAAAUAAUUUAAAAGGUAUUACAGAUCCUGAAAAAAAAAGAAAAAUUAUUGGAAAAUUGUUUAUUGAAGAAUUUGAAAAGGCUGUAAAAAAUAUAAACAUUGAUAUUGAUAAGACAUAUUUGCUACAAGGUACUUUAUAUCCUGAUAUUAUCGAAAGUAAAUGUUCAAAAAAAUUAUCAGAUACUAUUAAAACCCAUCAUAAUGUAGGUGGAUUACCAGAAAAUCUAAAAUUCAAAUUAUUCGAACCUUUUAAAUAUUUAUUUAAAGAUGAUGUGAAAAAAUUAUCACAAGAAUUAAAAUUACCAGAGGAAAUAACUAAUAGACACCCAUUCCCAGGACCUGGGUUAGCUAUCCGUGUAAUCGGAGAAAUUGAUAAACAUAAAUUAGACAUUUUACGAGAAGUAGAUGACAUAUUUAUAAAUGAUUUAAAGUUUUACAAUUUAUACAAUGAUAUUAGUCAAGCUUUUGCUGUACUAUUACCUACCAAAUCUGUAGGUGUAAGUGGUGAUGCACGAUCAUAUGAUUAUGUAUGCUCACUUAGGGCAGUUAAGACUUCAUCUUUCAUGACUGCAAAUUGGUACAAAAUCCCAUACGAUAUUUUGGAAAAAAUAUCAACGCAUAUACUUAGUGAAGUUAAAGGAGUUAACAGAAUUCUGUACGACAUUUCGUCCAAACCCCCAGCAACUAUUGAAUUUGAGUGA